UGCAUUUGUGUUGUGACUGCACGUUCAGAUUAGAGAAGGGGACCAACCAAGCAACCAUGGCAAAAAGUGAUGGGUGCGAUUAUUUUAAGAGGACCAGUCUUUUCUGGAUAAUUACAGUAACGCUUUCAAUGGGAUACUUCACUUGUGUAGUCUUCAUGCCGGAACAUGUCCCUUAUGACAACCUGGGCCCACUCGGCUCGCUAUCCAAAUACCUGGUGCACAACCAUCAUGAACUCAUGGUACAAGGUUGGUGGGCAGCCUGGGCCAUCCAUGUAUUUGAAGCUCUUGUUGCCAUGAGGAUCUGUAGAGCAAAAGGGAUUGCCGGACCAACGACUCGCUUACUUUGGUUUGUCCAAACGAUACUGUUUGGCUUUGCUUCGCUGGGCCUGCUCAUCAAGUACAAGCCUGACCGGCUUAAACACCAGUGAGACUCCAAUUACCACAAUGCUGUACUUUAGUAAAAGGAUACAUGGGUUGAAGCAGCUUCUGAACUGGGCCAGUAUUGAGUGUCUAUGAAUGAGUUUGCUGUGAAUCUCUGAAACCUUUUUUGGGUUGCUAACAUUGAUAACCAUGGAAUUCUAUUCACUCAUUAUGAAUUUAGGUACUUAACUUUUUCGUUGUUAGUAUAGUAUAUUACUAUAGUAACAAGAGAAAUACACUCUCUAAGCUUGAGGCCUUCUGAUCAACUGUGAGGGUAGAAAUGUAUCAACAGUUGUUUACAGUAAAUAAUACAUUAGAUUUAAAGUAAAUAAUACACAUUCCUCCCAAAGGAAUUGGUCUACUUUGUCAGAUUAUUUCUAAAAUAUAAUUAGCAAUGUUUUCAAUAGAUUAUGAACCAUGUUUAUCUGGAACAUAAUUUGGGAUUAUGACAAAUCAUUGUCUGAUUUAUGCAAUUAAAACUUGUAAGGGCAUUAAAUAAAUUGUUGCUUCA